AUGCUCUCGGGACAGAUCUCGGUCGAGUUUACGCCAAACGUCUUGCAAGCUCUUCAUGUGCUUGCUCAAGAAUACCUUUUGAGGAUGAGCCAUCAUGAUCGGUUGAUGCAUUUGGUACCAAUCAUCCUAACCCUCGCUACCUAUCUCAAAUUGUCGACAUGGGUAGACCACUGGCGAAGGCACUUGCCUUCGGCAGGCUUGAUUGACAUGAAAUAUCCAAGUGAGCUCGAAUCACCGUUUCCUUGCAUUAUACCGCCGCACCUUCUGGUUCCAACCGAUAUCCUGGACCUAUUACGCCGAACCAUGAUGACAAGACGCUUGACGAUACCGAAACAGCUUGUCCUUGGAUCCUCAGCCUCAGCUGGCGCUAGCAGGGAGCUAGGACAUUCGGAGACUUUGCCCCAUCUCACCCUCGUUCUUCACUUGUACCGAAUGCUCGGGACUGCCAAUAUGGAUGCCGACCUAGCCGACAAAGCUCUCCGUUUCAUGGUCAGCCAUGGCGUCACGAUGGACUGGAUGAAUAACCUUCCAUGGAGUAUCGCACUGCCGGUUUGGGAAGCUAUCCGGGUUGGCCGCACUGUUCCCAGCAUGGAUUGGCCUGUACAAGUAUACUCGCUCGUCGACAGGCUCGACAUUGCAGCCCAGUUGGAUCUUGGACACCGAUCCGUACUUACGGUUCCCUCUACAUCGGAUCGCGCUCCAACGAUUCUAUCACAAGUGACUCCGCUGUCUUCAACGACGACUGGGCUUGAUAUGCUACACGCCAAACAUAAGGGUCGUAGUCUUUCGGUCCCCAACGUACGCUUUCCGAACGAUCGGCGGCUGUGGGACGUCGAGUCGUUGUUACAAACCACACAAUCUCGUCCCGUCAAGCCUGAAGACAAGCCACAUUUGACCGAGGAACAGCGUCUGAUUCAGCACCAAACCCUCGUCCAUAGCUUGGGUUAUCGAACGAUAUCCCAAACGGUUGGAUACGGCCUGUUCAUCUUGGAUUCGAAAGAACCAUCUAACACAGAUCGCUUCGAGAUUCCCAACAUAAACGUUGGCGUUCAGCUGUUGCCAUCGACAACUACGAUCUUCCCUGAGUUCAAGGUUGAGAACUUGUCUUGGCCCGCCUUUCAUCAAGGGGUUGCAGCGGGAUUGUCCAUCAAGCGGAACAGUAAUGUCGUCAAUUCAUCUUGGAUUUUCUACAACAAGCCGGACCAGCCCACUCCCGCAUUUGGAGGUUUCCUGCUUGGUCUCGGCUUGACCGGCCAUUUGAGAAAUCUAGAGACCUGGCAUCUCUACCCUAAUCUGGCUCAGCGGCAUGAUCACGUCUCGGUUGGCCUUCUGCUUGGCAUGGCAGCAACUUAUGCAGGCAGUCAAGAUCGUCGCCUGACAACUAUGCUAAGUGCCGGAGUUAGUGCCCUUCUUCCCCCCGGAUCCGUCAGUCUCAACACCUCGCCGAUAUUACAAUCCGCCUCACUCUUCGGUCUGGGCCUGGUCCAUCUCGCCUCUGGCAGUCACCGACUGGCAGAGACGUCACUCUCAGAGAUAGGCCGAUACGAUCUACCUGGCUUAGACGAUCAGGGAGAAAAUAAAGAGCUCUACGCAUUUUCAGCGGCGUGUGCAUUCGGGUUGAUCAUGCUUGGGCAGGGAGGCAGGAAUCGCGAACACGAUGUCCACUGUGUGAAUCGAUUACGUGGAUAUUUCGUCGACCUUCACCAACCUGAAAACGAAGCUCAGGAUCCUUCCCUUGGAACCCACCGGGACGUCAAUACGACUGCCGGAGGCUCUGUCUUAGCGCUUGGACUGAUGUACCUCCGCACUAAUCAAGCCGGAGUGGCCCAUCUACUCCUGCCGCCGCAGAAUGCCUUCGAACUGGAUCAUAUCAGGCCCGACAUGCUCAUUGUGAGAACCUUGAGCUACAAUCUGAUUCUCUGGGACGAGAUCGAGCCAUCCCGUUCGUGGCUAAACGCCCAAUACCCCAGCUUUGUGCUGGCGGCAUGGAAGCUCAAGGCCGCGACCGGUGUCAUUGAUGAGGUUCAGGAGCUGGCUUACUUCCAUAUCACGGCUGGGGCCUGCUUCGUCCUCGGCUUGAAAUAUGCGGGAACCAUGGACAAGUACGCUUCACAGAUAAUCCUCGACGCAUAUGAACUCUUUCUUCAGCAAAUGCUUCCCAGUACGACCUCUUACGAGACCAAAAUCAAAAGGAUCGCAUUGCGCCAGGGCUUUGCGUUGCUUCUGAUCGCUCAAGCACUCGUCGCGGCGGGAACAGGCGAUAUUCUUACCUACCGCAGAUUACGUAGCCUGCAUGGCGGGGACGGACACCCGUACAGCACUCGUACCGCUCUUCACACGGCUAUCGGCAUCCUCCAUGUGGGUGCUGGCAGGUAUUCGUUCGGACGGUCCAACUUGGCCAUAGCCGCCAUGGUCAUUGCCCUUUUCCCUCGUUACCCCACUGCAAUGGAUGAUAAUCGUUCAUACCUUCAAGCCUGGCGUCACUUGUGGGCGAUCGCGAUCGAGCCCCGCUGCAUCGCCACGGUCGAUAUCGACACGCUCAAACCCGUGGUAUUGCCGAUGACGAUCAGGUUGCGCAACGCCGCCGGCAAGUUAGAGCAGAGAGAUAGAGAGACCACUUCGCCGUAUCUCGCCGAUGCUUUCGAACGGACUGUCACGCUUGCCGGGACCAGUCCUCGAUAUGCGUCACCGGUGAUACACGUCGAGACAUCAGCUUUGCAGCGAGAGGUCCUGCUGAGGCUUCAAACAAUGUUUGUCAAGCGCAAAUCUAAUAACUUGGACUAUUCUGAGGAUCCGAAAGGUAAUCGAUCGAUCAGCAUCCUCGCCAAUGCUGCUCAGAUGGCCCAGGGGGAAUUACUGCACUCGUUGACAGGUCCGACUUAUCGAGCAAAAGAACUUGACACGAUCGAAAGCAUCGUGACGGAAUUUUCGGGCGAUCCCAUCUACCGAGGAUUCUUGUCUGCCUUUGGCUCUUUCGACAAGACAAGCCCGCAUCCAGGCAAACACUUCUCGUGGACGUAUGCUUGCGAGACCAUCGUGCUGGACAGCCUGCUGCAAAACCAACCAGAACUCACAGCACUACAUUUCGGCCUGCUGUCAAGUUUGGAUGCCCUCGACAGCCGUUACGGAGCGGUGAAUCUCGGGUUGCUCGACAUCGCGCUCGAAUUUUGUGCUUCGGUGCAAACGGAACGCCUGCGCUCUCCGACGGGUUCAGCCAAGUCGAUCAAGAUACCUCCUCUCAUCAGGCGAUCGAUCUUGACCGCCAUAUUUGCGAACGAGCGAAAAGUGGUCCGCCAUAGACUAGGAGUCGACAGCGAUUCCGAGAAACAAUACUUACGAGCGGUCGGGACAGGCGAGGAAUGUAUCGUGACUCCGGACCUUGGCGCCGAAUUGGUGUCUAACCGUGUCCCCAGCCUGGAAAAACUUCACGAUUUACGCAGGAACAUCGAGGCAGUUGAUAGACGAGCUACGGCCGCGUCCGCGUCUCUGAAGGAUCGAAACGUCGUAGCGCGAUCCGCGCUAUUGAAAAUGGCUUACGCCGAGACCCUCGCACAACCACAAUACGAAACGACUAUUCCGACUCCGCUGGAAACCUGGACGGAUCGGUCCCUAACGAACGCACUACGCGAGUGGUGCCAAUGA